ACAUACAACAAACAUAAAAACUCUUGCACCUGCCACUUUCCCUAUCCCCAUUUUAAUGUGUUGUUCUAAUCCCUAAUUGCAAUGACUCCCUCAGCCGCCACCCUCGCGCCGCCGCGGCGUCGCCGGAAUUUGUUGUUCGUUGCGGCUGUCGUCAUGGCUCUACUGGCAGCUCUGGUCCCCAAUGCUGCCGGAGACCACGACGAUGUUGACUUUCGCGACAUUGUCCAGGAUGCCCGGAAGUUGAACUUCGAGAAUCCCCGGCUCCGGCAGGCCUACAUUGCCCUGCAGGCCUGGAAACAGGCCAUACAUUCCGAUCCGUUCAAUUUUACAGCCAAUUGGAAGGGCGCGAAUGUCUGCGGCUACCGUGGGGUUUUUUGUUCCCCGGCGCUGUUUAAUUCUUCGAUUAGAGUGGUCUCCGGCAUUGACCUCAACCACGGCGACAUUGCCGGGUACCUGCCGGAUGAGCUGGGGCUGCUCACCGAUCUGGCGCUUUUUCAUGUUAAUUCCAACAGGUUCUGCGGCGUUGUUCCCCGGAGCUUCAGGAAAUUGAAGCUCCUGUUCGAGCUGGAUCUCAGCAACAAUCGAUUCGCCGGAGGGUUCCCCAAGGUUGUUCUGUCGUUGCCGGAGCUGAAGUUCUUGGACCUGAGGUUUAAUGAAUUUGAAGGUGGGGUGCCUGAUAAGGUUUUCGAUAAAGAUCUGGAUGCCCUGUUUUUGAACGAUAACAGAUUCCGGUUUGGGAUCCCGGAGAAUCUUGGAAAUUCGCCGGUGUCGGUUCUUGUUCUGGCGAACAACGAUCUGGGUGGGUGCAUUCCCGGCAGCAUCGGAAAAAUGGGGAAGACGCUGAACGAGCUGAUUCUGAUGAACGAUAACUUGACGGGAUGCUUGACGCCGCAGAUCGGGAUGCUGAAGGAGCUGACGGUGUUUGACGUCAGCUUCAAUAAUUUGCAGGGACCGUUGCCGGCGGAGAUCAGCCGGAUGGAGAGCCUGGAGCAGCUGAAUGUGGCUCAUAACCGCCUGACCGGAGAUGUGCCGGCGAGUGUGUGCCAGCUGCCGCGGCUGGAGAACUUUACUUACUCGUACAAUUACUUUACCGGUGAGGCGCCGCAGUGCGCCAGAUUCGGCGGCGGAAGGGCUUCCGAUGGGCGGCAGAAUUGCAUUCCGAAUAAGGGGAAUCAGAGGUCCGCCGGAGAGUGCUCGUCGGACGCUGCUAAGCCGUUCGACUGUAGGAAGUCGAAGUGUGGUGGUAGUGCGCCGAUUCCGGGGGGUCGGCGGGCGCCGGUGCCGAGCCCGCCGCCGCCGAGACGCAGUAGGCCUCCCAGGCCGAGUUUUAGGGUUACUCCGCCGCCGCCGCCUACGUCCAAGUCUUCGCCGAGUAGUAGAUCGCGGCCUCCGCCGCCACCUACUCAUAAAAUUUCUCCGGGACACCGCCUUCCGCCUCCACCGCCUCCGACACCUGAACUGGUGACUCCGCCGCCGCAUUAUGCUUCACCUCCACCACCUCAACACAAAUCAUCUCCGACGAUGCACCAUAGAUCGCCGCCGCCUCCUCCUCCACAUUCUCCGCCGCCACCAUCACCACCGCCUCCUUCGCCCUCGCCGCCGCCGCCUCCUCCACCUUCUCCACCUCCGCCUUCACCGCCGCCUCCAUCCCCCUCCCCGCCGCCACCUCCUCCACCUUCUCCGCCUCCGCCUUCACCACCUCCUCCUUCGCCGUCGCCUCCACCUCCUUCGCCACCCCCUCCCCCACCCUACGUGUACUCAUCUCCACCUCCGCCUCCGCCGUCUCCUCCACCGCCGUACGUGUACUCAUCAUCACCACCUCCUCCGCCAUCACCCUCCCCACCGCCACCAUACGUCUACUCAUCCCCUCCACCUCCUCCACCUUCACCCUCCCCUCCGCCACCAUAUGUCUACUCAUCCCCACCACCACCCUCACCCUCACCUCCGCCACCAUAUAUCUACUCAUCCCCACCCCCACCUUCACCCUCCCCGCCGCCGCCUUAUAUCUACUCAUCCCCACCCCCACCUUCACCCUCACCGCCGCCGCCUUACCACUACUCAUCCCCGCCACCGCCAUACACACAUCCAUCGCCAUCACAUCCCACAACAUCACCGCCACCACCCGAAUGCUCGCAUCCACCUCCACCACCCCCGCCACCGCCAACCACCGAAUGUCCGCCAUCCCCACCACCGUACAAACACACAUCCCCACCGCCUCCCACGCCAUCCCCACCGCCACCAUACAUAUACUCCUCACCCCCGCCGCCGCCUGAAAAAAUCCCACUGCCUCCAAUAAUCGGAGUUUCCUACGCAUCUCCACCGCCGCCGGUAAUUCCAUACUACUAAAAUCCCUAAAUCCUUUCCCCUCCCCCCACCCAUCUGUUUCCAAAAUCCCCAAAAAGAGAGCCUCAAGCCCACAUUCAAAUUGCUGUUCUUCCCAAGAUCUGAGGGCUCAUCUCAUCUCAACAUAUCCGCAUCAUUAGCAUAGACCAUUAGUUUCCUUUCCAAAUUCAUCUUCAAUUUUUUUCCGAGACAACAACAACAGGCACUAUCAUCACUUCAUCAAUCACUACUGCGCAUUGAAGAAAAUGGGUGGGGACAGAGCAUCAUUAGUUCAUUUAUAUACAAGAAGAGUUCGUUGUGCAUAACAAGUCUAAACUCAUUAAUAUUCUUUAGUCUGAAGCAUUUUCUUGAUUGUUUUUGAACAAGUGAGCUUUCCCUUGAUCUUGCUAUAUAUAUAUUGUCAAUGGAAUAAAUGUACGCCAUUUUCCACUUCUAUACAUGCGCUUUCUACUGGCUUUUCAUACUGCAGAUUCUGUAUUUUUUCCCUUAAAAGUUCUAUAUUUAUGACAUUGGUGCAUUCUUGAGAUCUUCUUUGCAACUCAAAACAAAACUAACUGAAAAAAUCUGUCCUCCAUUAUUGUUUGAGCAAUCCCUUCUAACAAAAUUGUUCAAUUCCUACUCAAGAUCACGCCAAAGAUCGUGCAAGAUACAAUCUUUAUUGCAACCAAGCACGAGUAUUUCAAGAAUCAUCGAUUAGAUCACACCAAAUCAGGCAAGGAAACAAUACCAAGAACACAAAUGUUGGAACUUAAAAGUCGAUAGGUAAAUGAAUAAGCUGUUCUCAGUACUUCCCAGGUAUAUAUAUAUAUAUAUAUACACACACGCACACAUACAAACUGACAAAAAAAAAAAAAAAAAAAAAAACAGAAGGAAGAA